AUGGACCGGCGGGAGGAGCAGCCGGGGGCUGCAGGGGCUGGAGCAGCACCAGCCUUGGACUUCACUGUGGAGAACGUGGAGAAGGCGCUGCACCAGCUCUACUACGACCCUAACAUUGAGAACAAGAACCUGGCUCAGAAGUGGCUGAUGCAGGCCCAGGUCUCCCCGCAGGCCUGGCACUUCAGCUGGCAGUUACUACAGCCUGACAAGGUGCCUGAGAUCCAGUACUUUGGGGCCAGUGCCCUGCACAUCAAGAUCUCUCGCUACUGGAGCGACAUCCCCACUGACCAGUAUGAAAGUCUGAAGGCGCAGCUCUUCACUCAGAUCACUCGCUUUGCCAGUGGCUCCAAGAUUGUGCUGACUCGGCUGUGUGUGGCGCUGGCCUCGUUGGCACUCAGCAUGAUGCCUGACGCUUGGCCAUGUGCUGUGGCAGAUAUGGUACGACUCUUUCAGGCUGAGGACUCACUGGUGGACGGCCAGGGCCGCUGCCUGGCUCUGCUGGAGCUGCUGACAGUGCUGCCUGAGGAAUUUCAGACCAGUCGCCUGCCCCAGUACCGCAAGGGCCUGGUGCGGGCCAGCCUGGCAGUGGAAUGUGGGGCCGUCUUCCCAUUGCUGGAGCAGCUGCUGCAGCAGCCCAGCUCCCCCAGCUGUGUGCGUCAGAAGGUACUCAAGUGCUUUUCCAGCUGGGUGCAGCUGGAGGUGCCGUUGCAGGACUGUGAGGCCCUCAUUCAGGCUGCCUUCGCCGCUCUGCAGGACUCGGAGCUCUUUGACAGCAGCGUGGAGGCCAUUGUCAAUGCCAUCUCACAGCCUGAUGCCCAGAGGUAUGUGAACACACUCCUGAAACUCAUCCCACUGGUGCUGGGCCUGCAGGAGCAACUGCGACAAGCAGUGCAGAAUGGGGACAUGGAGACCUCCCACGGCAUCUGCCGCAUUGCUGUGGCCCUUGGCGAGAACCACUCUCGGGCCUUGCUUGACCAAGUGGAGCACUGGCAGAGCUUCCUGGCCCUUGUCAACAUGAUCAUGUUCUGCACGGGUAUCCCUGGCCACUAUCCUGUCAAUGAGACCACCAGCUCCCUGACACUCACCUUCUGGUACACGCUGCAGGAUGACAUUCUGUCCUUUGAGGCAGAGAAGCAGGCUGUGUACCAGCAAGUGUACAGGCCAGUCUACUUCCAGCUGGUGGAUGUGCUUCUGCACAAGGCCCAGUUCCCUUCUGAUGAGGAAUAUGGAUUCUGGUCCUCAGAUGAGAAGGAGCAGUUCCGAAUUUACAGGGUGGACAUCUCAGACACGCUCAUGUAUGUUUAUGAAAUGCUGGGAGCCGAGCUGCUCAGCAACCUCUAUGACAAGCUGGGCCGUUUGCUCACCAACUCAGAGGAGCCCUACUCCUGGCAGCACACAGAAGCCCUGCUCUAUGGCUUCCAAUCCAUCGCAGAGACCAUUGAUGUCAACUAUUCUGAUGUGGUGCCUGGGCUCAUUGGCCUCAUCCCACGGAUCAGCAUCAGCAACGUGCAGCUGGCGGACACCGUCAUGUUCACCAUUGGAGCUCUGUCUGAAUGGCUGGCUGACCACCCCGUCAUGAUCAACAGCGUUCUUCCCCUUGUACUGCACGCCCUAGGCAAUCCUGAGCUCUCUGUCUCUUCUGUGUCCACCCUCAAAAAGAUCUGCCGAGAAUGCAAGUAUGACCUGCCACCCUAUGCUGCCAACAUCGUGGCAGUUUCCCAGGAUGUGCUAAUGAAACAGAUCCACAAGACAAGCCAGUGCAUGUGGCUGAUGCAGGCAUUGGGCUUCCUGCUGUCAGCCCUGCAGGUGGAGGAGAUCCUUAAGAACCUGCACUCACUCAUCUCACCCUAUAUCCAGCAGCUGGAGAAACUGGCAGAGGAGAUACCUAAUCCCUCCAACAAGCUGGCCAUUGUCCACAUCUUGGGGCUUCUCUCCAACCUCUUCACCACGCUGGAUGUCAGUCAUCAUGAGGAUGAUCAUGAAGGCUCUGAGCUCCGGAAGCUGCCAGUACCACAGGGACCCAACCCCGUGGUAGUGGUGCUGCAGCAGGUCUUCCAGCUUAUCCAGAAGGUGCUGAGCAAAUGGCUGAAUGAUGCCCAGGUGGUGGAGGCGGUGUGCGCCAUUUUCGAGAAGUCUGUUAAGACGCUGUUGGAUGACUUUGCCCCCAUGGUGCCACAGCUGUGUGAGAUGCUGGGUCGGAUGUACAGCACCAUCCCCCAGGCCUCAGCUCUUGACCUCACUCGACAGCUGGUCCACAUCUUUGCCCACGAGCCUGCCCACUUUCCCCCAAUCGAGGCCCUCUUCCUGCUCGUCACCUCCGUCACACUCACUCUCUUCCAGCAAGGGCCCAGGAAUCAUCCUGAUAUUGUUGAUUCAUUUAUGCAACUCCUGGCACAGGCUCUGAAGCGGAAGCCAGAUUUGUUCCUGUGUGAACGGUUGGAUGUCAAAGCUGUGUUCCAGUGUGCUGUGCUGGCCCUCAAGUUCCCUGAGGCACCUACUGUCAAGGCCUCCUGUGGCUUCUUUACAGAGCUCCUGCCUCGAUGUGGGGAAGUAGUACCCGUGGGAAAGGUAGUACAGGAGGAUGGCCGUAUGCUGCUCAUAGCAGUGCUGGAGGCCAUCGGGGGCCAGGCCUCCCGCAGCCUCAUGGACUGUUUUGCCGACAUCCUAUUUGCCCUGAACAAACACUGCUUCAGCCUCCUGAGCAUGUGGAUCAAGGAAGCACUGCAGCCACCUGGCUUUCCCUCUGCCCGCCUCAGCCCGGAACAGAAGGACACCUUCAGCCAGCAGAUCCUUCGCGAGCGAGUGAACAAGAGGCGGGUAAAGGAGAUGGUGAAGGAGUUCACACUGUUGUGCAGGGGACUACAUGGCACAGAUUACACAGCCGACUACUGA